AUGAGCGGCAAAUACCAGGAUGUGGAUAUGGCUGAGGCCAGCAAUCAUAAGGAUAGCCGCGAACAUCAGACGGAUGCAUCCGGUACCCGUCAAACCAUCCCGAUAAGUGUCAUUGUACCGCAAAACGAGGCAGUGAACGUGAGUCUGGACCCAAACAGACCUGUGAGUGAGCUUCAAGAAAGGCUAAAUGAACUGGGCAAAGAUGUCAGCGAAUCUUCCGUUUCCAUCUACGCUGGAACUCUAUUAGAUCAAAAUAAGACGCUUGCGGACUACAAUUUACAAAAGGGCAGUACCCUCUACGUACACCUCACUCCAAAUUCAUCGCAAAAUCCCCCGCCAGAUGCCACGGAACCGGGACCUGCACCCUCAAAUGCCGGUCCCCAAACCCUCAGAGUGGUGAUGCCUAACAGACGAAUGGUUGAAGUGAAUAUGGAACCCGGCAUGACAAUUGGAGACCUGAGUAAGAAUUUGGUGGAAAAGCGGAGCGCACCGCCAAGCAUACAGGCCCCCACUGUCGGCCCCCGGACCGUCAGAGUAGUAAUGCCUGACCAGCGGCCGGUUGAAGUGAAUGUGGAACCCGGUAUGACGGUUGGAGACCUCAACAGAAAGUUAGCGACACAGCAGGGUAUGCCACCGACAUCGCAGUGUCUAAUGUAUUCCGGGCGACGGAUGGAUGAUCGCCGCUAUCUCAAGGAGUACCAGAUUACAGAGGGCUCAAUGAUCGUCGUGCACCGACUGCAAUCCAAUGCUGCUGGUCUGAAUAAGGAAGAUAUAAGCAGUAGUUUGGUGGUCACGGUUACGAUCAGAGAGACCGGUAAUCGACUGCGCCUGGCAAUAAACCCCCGAAGCACUAACCCCAUGCAGGAUCUGUCGAAGCAGAUUGAAGCAGCCACCCAGAUUCCUGUCAAGGAACAGGAGCUUCUGUUUAAAGGCAGAUCGGUUGGAUCAGGUGAAAACUUUCUGCAAAAGAGAGAGUUUCUAAUGGAGCCACUUGUGGAGGUGAAGAGACGAGGGCCUGACCAGAUACAGAUCUUUCUUCAGAAUCUUCAAGGUAAAAUAAAGGUUAUUAGGUCGAGGAGUAGUUCGACCGUUCGCGAUUUAAAGGAGAGCAUUCGAGAAAUUGAGGGGGUCCCGGUGAGAGACCAAGUGCUCACUUGUCAAGGUCAGACACUUCAGGAUAUUAAAACCCUGAGUCAGAGCAAAAUUGUUGACGGCUCAAAUGUCCGGCUAACAACACGACUGAACGGUGGUUUUUAA